UUCUCUUCAUUAGAAUUCUCAGCAAGCAUUAAUUAAGUGUAAGUUAUGGCUUCAUACUUGGCCAAUUUCGAACAAAUCUUCACCCGUUUCGAUGCCAAUGGUGACGGCAAGCUCUCACCAUCGGAGCUCCAAUGCUUGUUGAGGAGCAUAAGCCAAGAAUUGAGUCUCGAGGAAGCUGAGGCUGUGGUUGAGUCCAGCGACUCCGAUGGUGAUGGAUUAUUAGAUAUCAAUGAAUUCGCUAAAUUUGUGGGCGACAAAAGCGAGACAGAGGAAGAAGAGAGGGAGUUGAGAGAGGCAUAUGAGAUGUUUGUGAUGAAGGAAGAGGGACAUAUCACGGCCAAGAGCCUGAAGAGGAUGUUGAGUAGGCUGGGGACAUCAAAGGCAAUAGAAGAGUGCAUGAGCAUGAUAUGUAGGUUUGAUGGUAAUGGUGAUGGUGUGCUUAGCUUUGAUGAGUUCAAGGUGAUGAUUUGAAGUUGUUAAGAGUUUGGAAGAUUGUAUGUAUAUUCUGAAUUAGUUGUUUGUCUUUAUCAUAAAAUGUGAUAAAUUCAUGAGUUGAAUUGCUAGCUAGUACAGAUCCUUUCUCUUUCUUGCAAUUGAUUCUUACUUAGACCUUAUGCUACGAAA